AAUGUCCCCAGUUAAAUUUUUUUGAUCUUCAUCUUGUUUUGGCGAUUAAAUUCUAGGUUGACUAACCUAUAUUAAUAAGACAGAUUCAUAUUACAGAAUGACUAAAAGUCGCUGACUUAAAAUUGAAUUUUUACAAAUAAAUAUUCACACUUUAAUUUUAAUUUCACACUUUAUUUAUCGUAAGUCUGUUAGGUAAUACGACUUAGUUCUAUGCAGUGAAAGUGUUGCAGAAUUCUGCAGUAAAAAGGCUUCACGAAAUGGGCAGGUGUUUGGUCAUUUUACAGUUCUCCCAGUAGGUGACGCCCUCCGCUAACGUGGGAUGUGGCGCGCGAUGGGGAGGCACCAUUGAGUCGAACCUAACGAUCAUCAUUUCGUCAUCAUUUGUAACCAUAGAGCAUGAAUUACCUCUCGAAGUCAUCAGAGAGAAUUUACGACUGGUCAACAAAGGCACGUGAUGCCCUAACGCUCUCCCAUAUUUGGCCGCAUACAUGGCAAAAACGAAGUACAGUGCAUUGCUAUAAUUCAUUAUUACAUCAUAAAUUGUGCGGCGCUGGAUUUUAACGACCAAGAUCUACAAAUCAAGACAUUUUAAAACAUCCAAAUGAGCUCUUAUUUUCUAAACUCGUUCUCAGGGCGCUAUCCAAAUGGGUCUGACUAUCAGUUACUAAAUUAUGGUACUAACGGCGCUAUGAACGCUUCUUACAGGGACUCCACCAGCAUGCAUUCCGGGUCUUUUGGUUACAACUACAAUGGAAUAGACCUUAGUGUAAAUCGUCCCAACAAUGGCCAUUUCGGGGCAGCUGGAGAUAAUUCUCGCACUUUCCAAAAUCCGGGUCAGGAGACCCAGUACAGACAGUCGAGCUGCUCGCUCUCGUCUCCAGAUCCUCUGACUUGUGCCACCAGCGAGUCUCUGGAAUUGAAGGGUUCCUCUCCUCCAUCUGAUCAGAGCACACCACCCGUCAACAGCAGACUUACCAACAGCACCAAUCUCACCAGCAGCAACAGCACACAUUUUGCGGACACAGACGAGACCAAUGUCUCGUCCGAGACCGAGGAUGGAGCACAGACCACCACCACCACACGUACCCAGAAGCAAGAAUCUGUGGCGAGCUCGACUACAACACCUAACGACGGUCAAACUCCACAGAUAUUCCCAUGGAUGAGGAAGCUGCACAUUAGCCAUGAUAUGACUGGACCUGAUGGAAAACGGGCUCGAACAGCUUACACUCGCUACCAGACGCUCGAGCUGGAGAAAGAGUUCCAUUUCAAUAGAUAUCUCACGCGCAGGAGGAGAAUAGAGAUAGCUCACACUCUCUGCCUUUCAGAGAGGCAAAUUAAAAUCUGGUUCCAAAAUCGCAGGAUGAAAUGGAAGAAAGACAAUAAACUGAAAAGCAUGAGUCUCGCUACAGCGGGGAGCGCAUUUCAAAAUUAAUCAUAUAAUUUCAUAUAAUAAUUGGAAAAUUCGACUACUGUUACAGCGCUGCACCUUUCAGCUUGUUGAUAUCACCUGACGACGUGUGAUUCCCCGUACAACUCAAAAUGGUUUUGAAUAUUGUUAUCAUAUAUGCUAAUCUAGUUACUAUUGCCAUAAAAUGAGUGUGAAUGUCAAGUGUGUCAAGUUUAUACAUUCGUGGAGGAAAGCAUGUUCCAUGUAAGCUAUUCGUGCAACGUAUUCUAGACCUGUUACAAAAAUGAUGUACAGUACAACUCGCACUACCUAGCUAUUUUAAAUGAUGGUGUAAAAAAGAGAAACUUUUGUUGUAUUCUUGAACUUGUAUUGAAACGUCAUGUAUUCUUCACGCAACAUGCUAUAUUCUUGUUAUGUGCCGGGCUUUUUGAGUUCUCGUAGAUGGUACCUGCGAGAAAAAUUAUCUUUUCGCACUUAAAUUUGUGUACUGCAGCACAAGAUUACUUUGGGCUCAUAAGAUGUCCUAUGAAGAAUGUCUUUAUACAGUAGUGACCAAUGUGUUAUUUGUAGUGCACAACGUGAAUUAUGGACGUUCUGUGUUAAAAGUUGAAUACAUUUUUUUGUCAUUGACAUGUUGAUGGUAUCUCUGCCAAUUUUUAUCUUUCUUUUGUAUUUGUAUUUGUGUCUAAACUGAAAAUGAAUUGAUCCAAAAAGAAAAAUAAAGUUUACUCUCAGUC